GCUCCAAAUCUAAUUCCCAAGGGCAAGAGGAAGGAAGUAAGGUUCUUGGAGAGAUAGAAAGAACAUUAGGAGGGAGAGCGUACACAAGUACAUUAGACACACUGAUGUUAAACUGCAUCAGUAAACUGAUAAUUGGUCAAUUUUGUUUAACUGUACCCAGUUAUUACUCUCACACAGAUUCACACUAAAACAAACAGGCAUUUAAAAUGGACGCUUGCAUUUUGUGCGUCAUAUGGGUCCUUGCCCGAAUAGGUGGUGUCGCACUUUUUUUUUAGCAACUAUUGAACGGAAUAUGAACUUUAAAUAUUUGAAGAAUAGACAAAGUACCCAAUUGCUCAUGUAAUACCAUUGCAAUUUCACCGACAGUGUAUUCCGUUGGAUGCAGAGGAAGUAACGGAAUUGCCUUGCUUUGACAUUGAACGAAGACAAAGAAGUUCCUCUGGGAGGUUAGCUGGCUUCCUGAUAAUUUCGUUUGGAUUAGCUGGCUAGCAAGCUAACAACAACCCUGAUUCAAGUGAAAUUACCCCAAACAGAGAAACCAUGGAGGAGUCAGCAAGCACCAUAGAGGUCACUGUGAAGACCCUGGACUCCCAGAGCAGGAGCUACACUGUCCGUAGGGAGUUGACAGUGAAGGAGUUCAAAGAACACAUAGCUGCAUCAGUGGAGAUCCCAGUGGACAAGCAGAGACUAAUCUACCAGGGCAGAGUGCUGCAGGAUGAGAGGACACUGAACGAAUACAAUGUGGCUGGUAAGGUGAUCCACCUGGUGGAGCGUGCUCCUCCUCAGACCUCCCAGUCUGGCGGUGGGGGAGGAGGAGUGUCCUCAGGGGGAACAGAGGGAGGUGCCACCACCUCCUCCCAGGGAGGCCCCCAGGACCGCAACGGGAACAGCUACGUCAUGCUGGGAACCUUUAACCUGCCCGUCAACAUCAUGGACCCUCAGCAGAUACAGAUGCAAGUGCAGCAGAUGAUGGCAGGAGUGGGAGAAGCAGGAAGGAAUACCAGAGUCAGCACCAGCACUCGAAGCAAUGGUUCAGUGGAUGUGCAUAUCAACGUUGACCAAUCAGUGCAGAGCGAGCCUAGGAUGAGGCUGCAAUUGGCUGAGAACUUGCUAAGGGAGACCCAGUCUCUGAUCCACAGACUGGAGGGUCAGCCCAGUGGUGUUCCAUCUCAAGUCGAGCCGGAGACAUCUCAGUCCACCUCCUCUUCCUCCUCCUCAUCCUCUUCCGCUACAGCUGCCACUGCAGGAGCAUCCCAGCCUAUGGACACCUCCCCUCCUGCUCCUGCUCCACCACCUCCCCCUCCCACCUCCUCCAGCCAGACAGAGGGACCACCCCACCCCGGGCCCAACCACCCCAGCCCAGCAGCGCUAGUGGAGGUGUUGUCAGAGGUGAGGAGGGUGGAGGAGAGGCUUCGUCCCUUCAUAGAGAGAACUCACUCCAUCCUUGGGGCUGCCACUUCAGCAGACUACAACAACAACACCCAGGAAAGAGAAGAGGACCAGCACAUUCUCAACCUGGUCGGGGAGUCUCUACGUCUCCUUGGCAACACCCUGGUUGCCCUUAGUGACCUACGUUGUAACCUGGCCACUCCUCCCCCCCGUCACCUCCACGUGGUUCGGCCCAUGUCCCACUACGGCUCCCCCAUCCUGCUGCAGGGUGGUAUGCCACACCACACCCCCAUACCGAUAAACCUUGGAAACUUAGGGAACCUCGGAAAUUUGGGAACCACAGUCACCAUGACGUCCAAUGGGAGGCAUGCAGCCGAGGGCUGGGCCCAACCCUCUCAGGCUCCUGGCCAGUCAGAGGGCCAGGCCCCGCUUCCACAGCCCAAUGCAGCCAAUCAGCAGCCAAUUCAGGGCCAGGGGGCUCCGCAUGUCAUCAGAAUCACCCACCAGACCAUGGAGCCUGUGGUAAUGAUGCAGAUGAACCUGGAUGAAUCUGGCAGCGGCCCUCAGGUCCAAGGACAACCGAUCCCUAUGGGUACUGGACAGCCUGGUGCUACUCCAGUCCAAAUCGCAGGCCUUCCUCCAGAGUUCAUGCAGGCCAUCGUCCAUCAGAUCUCUCAGCAGGCUGCUGCCAUGGCAACCGCUGCUGCCACGGGUCACCCCGGGCAACCAGGAGUAGGCAUCCCCGGGACCACCCCCAGCUCUGACACCUCUGCCCCCCCUCACCCUCACGGGCCUCUGCCCCCUGGAGCCAGGGUGGUGAUCACGCACCCCUCCUUCUCCCCCCACAUCCCCCAGCCUGUGGGCACCAGGGGCACUACCAUCAACCUCAGGGCUUCAGUGCCCCCUGCUGGCGGGCAACAGAACCUUCAGGGCACACCUCUGGCUUCCUCUCCCCUAACUCAGAUGAUCAGUGGUCUGGUUGGACAGCUACUGAUGCCUGGACAACAGAUGCCUGGACAACAGAUGUUUGGCCAGAUGCCUGGACAGCAAGUUCCUCCAGGUGAUCAGACAUCCACCAGCUCCUCCUCAGCCUCCCACUCCUUCUCUUUCUCCACCUCCUCCUCUUCAUCCUCUUCUGCCUCCUCCUCCUUCUCCUCCUCCAAUCCCGUCCCUCCCCACCCCUCCUGUGGGGCGAACACAUCUGGCCAGACCACCACCCACACCACCAACACCACUUCCAUGGGCCAGCCACCGGAAGGGGUCGCCGAGGCCAACCUAGCCCAACUCCUGGGCUCCCUACUGGGUGGAGCUAGUGGGCCAGGAGCCCCUAGUUCUGGAGCUAACCCACACAUCACUGUGACCGUACCUGGAGUCCCAGGGUUCUUCCAGGGAAUGUCAGACUUUAUCCAGGAGCCUCCCCCUGGCCAAGGCACCCCUAACCCCCCUCACCAGGCGGCCCCUGGGGGUGGAGGGGACCCAUCCCUGAGCCCGGAGUUAUUUACAGGUAUUGUCCAGGGGGUCCUCUCCACCAUGAUGGGGUCUCUGGGGGCUCCGCAGGGGAACGGGGAGAGCAUCGCUCAGUUCAUCCAGAGACUGUCUCAGACCACCAACCUCUUCACACCUGGAUCUGGAGACGCUGUCGGGUUCUUUGGGGACCUGUUGUCCCUGGUGUGUCACAGUUUCUCCAUGGUGGACAUGGUGUUGUUACUCCAUGGUAACGCCCAGCCAAUCAGCCGGAUCCAGCCCCAGCUCACUGAAUUCUUCAACCAGCACUACCUGCAGGGUCGAGAGCCUACUGACGCCAAUAUCAACGCAGCAUCUGUGGACCUCAUCAAUGAUCUGGAGGAGUACAUAGCAGAGAGCUUUGCCACAGUGACUGUGAGAGAGGGCGUGGACAUCAUUCAAACCAACAUCACUUUCCUUAGACAUCAGUUUACCCGCGUGGCAACACACAUCCUACGCUGCACAGACCAAACGUUUGGUCACCGCCUGCUGCUGCUCUGCACCCAGGGUCUGUUUGAGUGUCUGGCUCUCAACCUUUACUGUCUCCGAGGGGAACAGAGAGCACUCACCCAAGUCAUCAACCACCGCAUCAGGAGGAUGUCAGCAGAGGUCAACCCCAGCCUGGUCAACUGGCUGACCAGUAUGAUGACCAUGAGACUCCACGUCAUCCUGGAGCACAACCCAGUCACUGAGGACCACAUCCAGCACUAUGUCAUCCACACACGGAGAGCAGAGCCUGGGGCACAGGCUGGACAGCAGACAGACACACAGAGUGUGGAGAUGGAUGAAGGUCUGUCCCCGGCCCCGGCCACCACUGCAGAGGAGGCCAUGGCUUCAUCAGGGAACAGACAGGAGGUCGGAGCAUAUCCCGGGGUGACCGCCCCCUCGCAGAGAGCAUCAUCAGGGGAGAACAGAGGAGCUGUUGCCAUGGCAGCAGGGGGAAGGGAGGAGUCUGGAGGAGACGUGGAGCCCUGGGCAGCUGCAGUGCCCCCUGAGUGGGUUCCUAUCAUCAGACACGACAUGCUGUCUCAGAGGAAGAUGAAGGCUCAGCCCCCUCUGUCUGAUGCAUACCUCCACGGGAUGCCUGCCAAGAGGAGGAAGACCCACCAGGGUGAAGGCCCUCACCUGUCCCUGUCUGAGGCAGUGAGCCGGGCGGCCCGUGCGGCAGGAGUCAGACCUGUCACUACCCCAGAUAGCCUCCAGGGAGAGCUAGAGGAGCCAGAGCUUCAGGAGGCCUACCAAGAACAGGUGAGGAGUGACAUCAAGGAGAGAGUGAGAGAUGACCCAGAAUUCAGCUCCCAGCGUUUCCCCAACACACACCGGGCAUUUUCUCUAGACGACUCCUAAAUAUUAUUGGUCCUCAGGCCUGUCAACCAUUCCAUCUAGUCAAUCACAGUUUUCUCCCUGGAUGACUCAAAAUCUGAUUGGUUGCCACACCUGUCAAUAACCCUAUCUAGCCAAUCACUCACAACCAUGAUGUAUCCAGCAUCAUGCAUCUCAACAUCACAUCCCAAAUCAUGUCAGCUCUAUUCGUGAAAUUUCUAUCUUCAACAUUCAUCAUCAAGUUGUAGAAACAUCUCAAGGAUGAUCAAUGAUUCGAUUCUGCAACAUUCCCUGUGGGUCUGUCAUGUCCAGUGAAGAACAUAGAGAAAAGAAAACACAAGAGUCUUGACUUGCUUAAAUCCUGCUUUCUCAUUGAAAUGACAUGUAUUUAAAACCGAGAAGAGCUUUACAACCGGUCUGUCAUCUAUCAAUGGAAAAUGUCAGUCUCUCUGUGGUAUCUCCCCUAAAGCACCGCUUUCUCAUUCCAACAAACUUGUUUCUAACCGGUUGUGGUCAUCUGUAUGUCUGGUUGUCCUUAAGGUUUUGCUGUAACUUGUAAAUUAGCACAAAUUGUACAUUGUAUUAAGAACGUGAUGUAAUAAUAUUCUAGUGAUAAUGCAACAGCUAUUCCUUGUUAAGUAACGAAAACCUUCCGUAGGCUUUUUUGGGGGGGGCGUUUAGUUUGGUAUCCUGACUAGAGAUGAAAGAAGCACAGAUUCUACAUGUUGACUGGCCUGGUUAAACCAGACUGAACCGUGCGAACAAGUGAAACAGUGGUGAGCGCAACAUUGUCUGGUGUAAUCGUGCUACAUCUUUACGUAUUUACUUUCAGGAUAGAGAGGAUGGUAGAGGUUUAGGUGUUAGGGGUGAUUGUCAUGUCAUCAGUGACAUUUUGAGUUUAGCUAUUUUAAAGUGACUGUGAAUACGAGGCUCAAUGGUGUUUUAGCCAUAAUUAUGUUAAGUUGUAAUAAUAACUGCCAUAAUCAAGACCAUGAUAAAGAUAAGUCUCGUUUUAUGCCAUUGUAUUUCUUUCUAGGCGACCACGGCUAUCAUUUCUAGAACCUGACUGUUGUAAAAAGUUGAACGCUAUGUAACCUGUGAACAUUGCUUUAAAAUAAAUUGUCCAUGUCGAAAAGCUAA